AUGGACGACUACAAAGCAGAUAUUGAUUCCUUGGAGAAGGAAAUCCAGCGAAUGGAAGAGGAGUAUGAUAAACUUCAGACCAGUGUGAGUGCCAAACGGGCCGCGACACGCGUAGACCAUGUCAGUGAAAGUAGCGACAAACAGCGAACUUUGGAUGGAAAAUCAGAAACUUCAAAUUCAAAAAGGCGAAAGUUAGAUGAAGAACAAUUUCUUGAAGACGAGUUGAUACCUGAUCCUGCUCGCCAUGAGUUUUUUGACGGACUGGUGAAUGAUAUCAUAGAGAGAGCAACGCGAGACUCGGACAAGACUAGUGAGGUCAGAAAGGCGAAAAAGUUGGCCAUUUAUGACAAAUUGAAACAAGACCUGCUGCCGAAGAUCAACACCGAAAACGUGUAUCGUAUGGCUGGGAUUACGGCAUUUCCAGUGAACGAUCCGUUCAGGCAUGGGGAAUACGAAAAUGCGGUAGAGAGUUACCUCGGGAUUCGUUUUGAUAUUUAUGAUCAGAGGUCCCGCAAGUAUGUGACCCCUCAUUAUCUGAUUCUUCAAAGGGUACGGAAGAAUAACGAGUGGGAAGUGUUCAAGACCACCCUACCGAAGUUCAUCCCGGUCCGCUCGCUCGAGCUGAAGUGGCUGAACACGGAUAUCCAGAGGUUUGUUGUUCAAAUAAGGUCCCAUCUGGUGUUUCAACAGCUGAAAUCGGAGGUUUUUUCUGCCAUCAGGGACCAUUUGGACUCGACGUCCCGAAUGGAAUACGAUCUCAACUACACUAAGGUGAAGCUGACUUUGAAGAAAAAAGUCGCAGUGGUUCUGAUCUGCAAUCUCACCGAGGUUAUAAACGUGAUCACAACGGAUCUUUCUGCUAUGACAUUUGCGUCUGGUGUGGCAUCUGUUCUUUCUGAUGAACUGAAGACAAUUUCAUCCAGGCUAGAGGUUAUGCUUAAAGGUAAGAUUUCUGGUCUGGAAGAGAGAUUCCUAGUGGUUCUUGCUGAAAUAGGUCUUUGA